GGGGGUGAACCACAGAGCUAUGCAAAGCCGGGGGAGCGAAGAGACCGCAGAUUGCCCGUGCAGCUUGCUAGUUUGCACGGGAUGACAUGAAUCAAGAGUUUCCCCUUCUGGGUGCCCUUGUUUUCAGGGACACGCACAACCCUCAAUAAUCCCUGGUGCUCUUAUCGCUGUUCAUUCAUGCAUGGGAGAUUUGGGGGGGGGGGGUUAAUUAAAUAAAAAACAUUAUUUUAAUUUAGUGCCCAAACAAGUGAGUGGAUGCAGAAGAAGUUUCUGCGCUCCUUGUGUGGGCUUGGCUGGUCCGGCUGUUCUAGCACGCGUUGAUGGACAGCUCGGCGUGCAGCCGGGCUCUGCUGCUCAGCCCCUUCCUUGCCUCUGCGCUGGGCUGGCUCCUUCCCUGGGAGGCGUCUUGCUGCAGCCGCUGAUCGAAGGCUGAGUCACCAGGCGGGAGGAGGGGACGACAAGCGAGGGAGAGUCGCCCUCCGACUUGCCCAAACUUGCCCUGCCACUUUGCCUGGCUUCUUUCUGCAGCCCUCCGCGUCUAGGAGGACCACCGGGCUACGAAGAGCCGGUGCACCACCCACCCACACCGCGGUGAGUUUUGCUACUCUGGGCAGGCGGGAGGUGGAGUGGGGUUUGAGAAGUAAAUAAAUAGCUGGGUGGCGGCGACUGGCCCUUUAUCUUGUUUGUCUCUGGUUCGUUCCCAAAGCGACAGUCGGGGAACGUGGACAGAAUCCGUAGCUGUCUAUACCGGAUCUGAUUUCUUCGAAUUAGAGAGAGGUGCAGGAGACGUCCCCAAGCAACGUAGAGCCUCUGUAUCUUGAUAACGGGGUACUGCGGAUUCCUUUUAAUCCUGGUUGGAACCUCCGCUGUAGUUGCGCCCUCGCUGGCGCUGAUCCUAAGCGAGUACUUGACAGGGCUGUGCGCUUUUUGCUUUGACCCUCCUCCGCAAGUUAAUGGGUCGCUACCCACUUUUUAAAGGGGCAAAUCCCCACAUAGCAUCCUUUGAGUGUAAACACCUAUCUGGUAAAUUGGGGAAAGUGCUGAUUCUUGCCACCUUGGUCUUCAGGAAGAAGGGCAGGAGAGAAAUACAGUAAGUAAAUUAUUCCCCUUUCCUCCCCACACACAUUAUGUUCCACAUUAUUAAUACAGUAUUGGUGGGCCAGCAAAAAUUCUUGCAUGGCUUGAAACCUUUGGCGAAAUUAUUUGCAAGUCCAAUAUUGGUAUGAUGCCAAUAUUGGCUCUUAAUUGCCCCGCCCCAUCCCCCAAAAAAGACCAUUUGCGCUUUUCAUUUGUGCAUCAAGAGUGCAUACUUUCCAUCAUCAGAGUAUGUAUGCUAUACAUUUUGCAUACAGCAGGCUAUGAAUGAUUGCUUACAUGACUCAGAAGGUUUUUUCUCUCUGGUAAGAUUUGAUUGCUUUUUGUUUUUUAAAUCUUUGCUUUGUGUGGUUUGGCUUGCUUGUUUGAGUAUGCUAUUUAUUUAGCAAGCCCCUUUCUGGACCAGAACUGUUGAGCUUGCUGUAUGCUGUCAGCUGAGUGGGGUACCCCAGCCAGAUGGGCGGGGUAUAAAUAGUAAAAAUUAUUAUUGUUGUGUAGACUGGUUUUAGGGAGUCGGGAGGUGCAGAUAACAAAACAACCCUGUUAUGAGGCAGCAAUUUCUCUCAAUUUUAAGAUGUUAAAUAAUACUAAAGAACAGGAUUUUCUACUAGAUUUGCACUAAAUUCCUCAAUUCAAGGUGCAAAUCACAUUCUUAAUUCAAGCAGGAGGAGGAUACUAGCAUGAAGGCAAAGGAAGUUGCCUCUGCCUCUUCAUUAAUAUAGGUAGCAAAGCAUAGAGGCAAGUCCAGUGAUCCUGAAAGAUAAGAACAUUUGCAUAAUAUUGAUCUGUCUACUUCUGUUAUUUGGUAUCUCUAUUGGUUUUGUAGUGAAACUAGUCAAUGUACACAUGGUUGAGUUCUAGCAGACUGUCUCCCGGAACACAAUAUGUAGAUAGGCAGAGCCCAGGAGCACUGGCAGACUUUGAGCUGUUUAUUACUCAAAUAAUUUUGUUCUGAGUUCAAAGAGCACUAGUGCAUCUAGAGGACUGCUUGCUGGAUAUCAUACAUUCAUCUGUUGUUAGCUGGUCUUAUAUUUCUGCCUCCAACCAUGCUACAUAGCAAUGAUGUUACAUUUCAAAACCUUGCAUCACUGUACCUGGCUUUUAGAAAACUUGUUUGUUUAUUCCCCCGUCUUGUGGCUAAGCUCCCCACAGACCAAUUGAUGCAGGUCUGGGCAGACCAUUUAUGUUUUUCCUAACUGUUGUAGCAAUUGUGAUGCGCUGUGUUAGACACUGUAUGGCUGUUUUUACUAUUAUUGCAUUUUAUUGUAUUACAAUUUGAAUGUUGUAGAAUUCAAAUUGUAACAUAAUAAAACAUAAGCAAUAAAAAAGCUGCCAAAACAUAGUUAAAAAUCAAUGUGAUUAUUUAGUGAGGUAGACGUGUUGUUUCUCUCAUCAUUAGCCACCAAUGAUGCUCCAUAGACCACCUGACUGAAGCCCAUGGACCAUAGUUUGGGAAUUCCUCACUCGGUCCCUGCGCAUGCUUUCUUGGUGUCAUCUGAUCCCAUCCACCAUCUCACCUGCUAUUCUCUCUCACCUCCACCAGAUAAUCAGUCUGUUUCUUGGACUCCUUCCUUUGCUGUGUUCAAGCAUUAUCUCACCUGUUCUCAAACAGCAUCCGUUGGUUCACCUUUCCUCUCCAAGUCUUACCUUCUGGCUAUAAUGCUUGCAAAAUCCUUUAUAUUGUAUGCAAGUAUACUGUUUCUAAGGCCUAGAAAAGACAGUUUCCUCUUGUGCAAUAAAGCUGUGACUUGUUAGUGAAAGCUGUGCACUGUUAUUGAAAUAGCAUGAACAUAACCGUGCACUUUCAGUUGUGACUCAUUAGGAAAAUAUUCUCCUGCCAUUAACUGCCAGUCAGCUGUAUGCAAGUUAAAAGUUGGCUCCUUGCCUGUUCCUGGCAUUGGAUUAGCAAAUCAGAAUUUAAAACGCUUGGAGUAGCUGACAAACCUACAGGUGAUGGGAAGCAUAAUAAGGUCCAGCCAAAGGUUCCAGAUUUCCCAAGGCUGAUUUGUUAACAGAUUGAUACAGUUAAAAACCGAAAAGGAAGAUCUGCUGUCAAAGGAAUAAAGGUCUGAACUAACAGGGUGAUUAGGAAGGAGAGGGCUUGGGGCUGAGUCAGCUAUGAAACCGGCAUCUGGCUCUGAUAGUUGUCGUAUGGCUGUUUGCCUAGGGUGUGGGCCUGUGGGCCUAGGACUAAAGACAACAUGUUCAUCUCUGUGGCACAAUGGGUCAGUUCACCUGGCUGUUAACCCAAAGGUUUGCAUUUCCCUCCUCAGUGUUAGAUUAGAAUGCUGCAGCUGUUUCAUACAUAAUCAGUUUGCAUGUUGAGCUUCUACAUUUACAUAAUAUUCUAUGGCUGCGCGCACACCAUACAUUUGAAGCGCGCGCACACCCCACACAGAGAAUCCUGGGAACUGUAGUUUAUCCCUCACAGAGCUACAAUUCCCAGAGCUAUGGUUCCCAGGAUAUUUUAGGGGAAGGUAUGUGCUUUAAAUAUUCUUUACCUGUAUGGUAUGUAUACAGCCUAUAUCAGGGAACAGCAAACUUUUUCAGCAGGAGGCCAGUCCACUGUCCCUCAGACCUUGUGGGGUGCCAGACUAUAUUUUUUUGGGUGGGGGGAAUGAAUGAAUUCCUAUGCCCCACAAAUAACCCAGAGAUGCAUUUUAAAUAAAAGAGCACAUUCUACUCAUGUAAAAACACACUGAUUCCUGGACCGUCCGUGGGCCAGAUUUAGAAGGCAGCUGGGCCAGAUCCGGCCCCCGGGCCUUAGUUUGCCUACCAUGGCCUAUAUCUAUAUGCAACCUUUGCUAGAUCUGAGCAGAGUGCACAGCCACACUCAGAAUUCUCAUAUGUGGGAAUGUCAUCCAAAUCUGUCAGGAAAGAAAAGCAGAAGUCUUUGGAGCUACAUUAUGCCACUAUGCUACAUUGGAGCACACCUUGGGGUCUUGGCUGUUGUAAUACCCAGCGAUGUGCUGUUGCCGCUAAGUCUGUCUUUCGGAAAGUCUGUGUUUUGCCAGAGUUUUAUUGAAGAGCCUGAUCAGUCGGCAGAAAGGAACUACUCCAGUAUUCCUUUAUAAAAUUUAUUUAAUGGUAAUGUUUGAAGUAGACAAGUCUUCUCCCUGUUCUCACUUAAACGAAAUCACAGAGAAUGUCAGUGUGGGUCAUUUAGGGACUGGUACUUCUAGUGACCUCCUGAGUCAAGAAUUAACUGCCCCCCCCCUUUUUUUUUUUUGCAGUUGAAUAAGAGCAGCAGCCUGACUCCUUUGGGAAACAGGGUAAGGCUCUGGAGGGAACGAUGCCACCAAAGUGCAAAGACCCUGCCCAAACCAGGGCAGCAGCCAAGGGCAAGAAAGUGAAACAGGAGCCGGAGCUAAAGGCUGAACCUGAAGAAGACAGUUUCCGCUCCACCGUGGAGGCACUGAAGGCAGCUCCCAAAGAGAAGCUCAAGGCCAAAAUUGACUCUGCCUGUCAGCUGAGCGACGUUGAUAGCGCCAAGGUGAGAGCAAAGCUCUGGCUGAAGUGUUCCCUGUGCCCAGCAUCCAUUGGGGGGUGGGGAAGGGGUCAUUCCCCCUGUCAGCUGGCCCUGCAACGGGAUAGUGUAGCAUAAUGGGAGUCCUCCUGUGGGCACCUGUGGUGGGGCAGUGAAGGUCAAAGUACACACGGAAUCUUGAGGCUUCUCUCUUCUCCUGAAGCUUCCUUUGCCUUCCUUUAGCAGGGCAGCCAGGGCUGCAUGUCCCAAGUCAGGCAUAGGCAAACCUGGCCCUCCAGAUGUUUUGAGACUACAAUUCCCAUCAUCCCUGACCACUGGUCCUGCUAGCUAGGGAUCAUGGGAGUUGUAGGCGAAAAACAUCUGGAGGGCUGAGUUUGCCUAUGCCUGACCCAAGUAGAGGAGGGGGGAAAUUAAUGGAACCAAAAAUUUUCGUCGUGCCCCCCGCCCCGCCCCCCCCGAGCCGUAUUAGGAUUGGACAGUGUUCUGUCCUUCAGGACCCCUUCUGCCCAUUUGUCUACUGCAUAGAUCUUUUAGCAAAAACUACUAAUCAAGGUGAGGAUGCCAUUGGGAGAGUCCAGCCAGACUAGGAAUUUAUCCUCUUGGAUUCCAGCCUAGACUUUAUUAUAGCACUUGGUAUUUGUUAGUUCUUGCAGUACUCUUUAAGUGCUGGGCUCUGAUUGUCCUCCCGUUUUGCCACAUGUCAAUCACAGGCUGGAAUUUAGCCACACAGAGGUUGCUGUGGGUGUCUUAGGGGCGUUCAUGUUGCCUGUUAUGAUUUUAGAUUCACGAGGACUACGACUGCAUGCUGAACCAGACCAACAUUGGCCACAAUAACAACAAGUUCUACAUCAUCCAACUCAUAGAACAGAAUGGGAAGUACAGCUGUUGGAACCGCUGGGGCCGUGUGGUGAGUAGCUUGCCCUCAGGAUGACCCCUGCAGUCGUUCUUUUCUCAAAAAUCUGUGUGGGUGGGGGUCUUCAUCUCUCUAAGACUGACACAAUUAUAUACAGCUGUGGAUAGUGAUGCCUAGCACUGGAAUAAAGGGGGAAAGAUAGCCCAAACCUUAGCCAAUUUAAAAGAAAGCUUUAACUCUUCCAGCAAUGUUUCCUGAAUGACAUUUUGCAGAGCCAUAACCCAUCCAGACCCUGUGCUUGCUAUUAAUGUUCCUAGCCAUAUUUAUUGCUUAAUAUUCCCCAGGUUGGUUAAAAGCUACGAGGUGGCGGGCCUAGCAUUAAGAAAGUCUGGAAAAUACCAUUCCUCAUUGACCAUUGAGACACAGGAGAGAGUGAGUCAAGAAAGUCGAAUGAGCAGGAGUUGGAACUAAGGAAAGGAAUAGGAAUAAUUUCACAUACAUGACACCUAAGUGUUGGGGCCUCUGGGCACCAUUUAAGUGGUACAAGAUUCCCUGGGGUUAAGUGGCUACAGAGCUGAGAUCAUCCAGUUCUUAUGCUGAAGCAGGCUGACUACUGCUGCUGCCAUAAAACUGUUUACAAGGUUGUAAACACCUUUAGCCUGGUAAUGUGGAUUCUCGCUUCGCUUAGCCUGGAGCUGUUGGUAUAUCAGGUGCAGUGUUUCAGCAGACUUGUCACAGAUAAUGGUUUCACAAAAUAAUUGUCUUGGAGCAGUGUGUUACCACUUCAGGGUAAUAGGUAGGAUGGCCACAGUGUGCAGCUCUCUUGGUCUGCGGCUUCUGAGCAUUUGCGAUUGGGGGGAGGAAACAAGCCUUUUUCCAGUAGUAAUAAAGUCCUGUGUUUCAGACCUUUGGUCUAAUCCAGGUACGCUCUUCUAAAAUGACUCCCUGUUGAGCCUGGAGUAGCCAAACAGGGUGCCCUCCAUAUGCUGUUAAGACUACAACUCCCAUCAGCCCCAGCAAGUGUGGCCCAAAGGUCAGAGAUCAUGGAAGCUGUAGCAUAGCAGCAUCUUGAGGACACCAUGCUUUGGGCUAAUGGCACUGCCACACAUUUCUCCCUUUUAUUUGCCCUGCUUUCUUAAUAUUGCAAAACAUUUUAAAUUAACAAGGCGAAACACCAUGGGCGCAGCCAGAUUUAUGUUUCGGGGGGCAGAACUGAGCUACCUGCGUUGCGAUCAGUCAGUUAAGUGUUUUUAUUUAUUUACUUGAUUUGAGGGGCAGCUGUCUCCUGGCUAUGCCCUUGUGGAACACAGAACAGCAAUAGUCACUAGAUGUCAGAGGUGACCUGCAAGCCUGACUAGGUCCAGGGGGCCGUUUUAACCCAAACUGUGAAGAGGCAAAAGCGUUACUGCGAAGGAAUGACUGGGAGCUUAAGCACACUUCCCAUCCAGAGCUCGCUGGUGCAGCUCCUGGUGCUCUUGGCUCAAAUAAGCUUGUGGGCACUCAGAGCCAUCCCCCUGAAGUUUGUUUUGCUAGCUGUUUGCGUUUAAUCUAGUAAGAGGCCAGUGACCUUGGAGAAUCAGUGCAAGGCAAUUGUUUGCUUCUUCCAGACCUGUGUUGCAAUGGCAAAAUUGCACAAGUUCAUUCUUCAGUUAUCUAUUAAAAUUAGACAUGAGCUUGCGGUAAACUAAUCGAUACAGAGAACAUUGAGACAAUGUGCUCUUGAGAAAGAAAUGUUUACAUCUUAUGUUGAUCAGGUGGUUGUUGUUGUUAAAUUGCAACGUAAUUCAGCAGUUGAGAUUUCCUAACAGCCAUGGUUGCAAUCCCACAAAUGUCUUUUCAGAAGUCCCUUUGGAUCAAGUGGGUCUUUGGUGGGUGUCUGACUGCAGCCUUAAUUAAUUUUCUCAGUAGAACUCCUAGGACGUGUCCCGGUUCCCCAAGCUGCAAUUUUGUAACCAGGGCAAUAGUGUUUGUUGAAGCUAUAGGCAGAGAUGGGAGACCUCAAGAGUGUCCAGGUUUGCUAAACUGCAGCUCCUGUCAUCCCUGACAACCUAUUGGGAGUUGGGAUCCAGCAUUUUCUGAUGUGGGGGGGAUCUCUUUUAAGGAACAUUGGGUGGUAUUCUACUAAGAGAGACUCAGAGUUGACCCCUUGAGAUUAAUGAACGUGACUAAGUUAGGACCAUUCAUUUCAAGACGUCUCCUCUGAGUAAAACUUUCAGCUGUGUGUCCAGCUUAAAGCAGCCUUUUAUUGUAACCUGUGAGGCAGACAUAAAUGCAAGCUGAUUAAGUUUGUCUUGACCUGAUGUGCCCCCUUGGGUGAAACCCUCUUUAUGUCAGGCCUUUAGACCCAAGUUUAUUUGCCUACCUGACUGUUGAGGGUGUGGGUGGCUAGGAUUGUUCUCUCCCAGUUGUCUUUUCUUCCUCCAAGGCUCGAGUUCAAAAGGCUUUUAUUCCUGGAAUUAGGUUGUCAUAACUUGGCAGGGACUCUGUGCUUGAGAACCUGGAGUGGGAGCUGUACUGAGUCAUCCAUCACAAUAGGCUCUUUCCCGCCACCCUUUUGCUAAUUUUCACCACAUGUCCUCCUCCCCUCUUGCUUUGUUUGCAUACCAAAUACACUCUACAGUGAGUGCCACAUAGAGACACACUUUCUCCCCCUAUCCUUGGGCUUUUAGGCGGAAACACAAAACAUACUUCUCUGGAGACCAAGGUAAGGAGCUGAAGUUAGUAGCUAGCUUUCUCUUAUUCCAGAGGCUAAUAGCUCUGAUAGGCCCAUUGCUGUUCUUCAGAGAACGCAAAUACAUGCCUGUGUAUUCCAGAGUGGCCCUCUAUGCUCUAGCUGGGGUGGCGGGGAAGGAAAAAGAUCUCUAUAAGUUGAUGCUAGGAAGAAAUCUCAUGGCUGCUGUCAAGGAACAUCCAAGCCAAAAGAAACCCCUUCUGAAUAAUUUGACAUAAAUAGAGAUGGCAAACAGAAACUAACAAUAGCUUUAACUUUCCGUACUCGCUGUAGCUGACAUUAUAGUAGCAUGGCUGCAACCUUCUCCAUGAGGAGCAGAUGAACAAACCAGCUAACUUAGCCGCUCCUGUGGUUUUAGCAGUUGCCGAUAAGAGCAAUUAGAUGCAUUUUCCCCCCAUGCUAUUUUUAUAGUCUAUCUACGUAAGGCUUAUACAAACUGCUUCCCUACUUUAGCUUAAGACCAAAUAAUAAAGGAAUUCCUUUUGCUCCAUCCUAAUUCAUUGGCAGUGCCCCAGUUAACCUCAGUGCUUUCAGCUCAGCUUCUUUUGUCCCUGGAAUCUGGAUUCUCAGCAACUGUGACUUUUUCUGUUUCCUAGCUCUCCCAUCACUCUCUGCUUGUUUGCCAGCAUCAUUUAUAUGUAUGAUUCAUCAUUCCAGCCUCCUAGUCAAUCAGAAAGACAGUAGAAGCCAACUCCAGACACAGGCACACUGUAAAUUUAGGUUUGCACAAUGAAAGUGGAUUCAAGUGCUCAGGUGCAACAAAACCACUUUUUUAAAUGAUAUAGAUACAGAUAUAGAUAUAUAAAUGUCUUUCGCAGUUAGGAAAGUGACAGAGAAAUGCACUAUAAAGUGUUGGGUAACAACAGAUGGACAGGCAGGGAUAUGACUUCCCUGCAAACAGAUAAGGAUGAAUCCUCAUUGUCAUAUAAUCAGAAGGAUUUGUUUGCAAGCAAAUUGAGAUGAAUGCUCAAUAAACAGGUUGUCGGGAGGAGAACACAGUUUUGCUAAGUUACUCUCUCUCCCCCCACGCACCCACCCACACACACUCACACAUGGACAUGGUAACUAAGCUUCAUUCCACCCGCAGGUUAGUUUCCUGUGCUGACCUGUUGCACCUUCUACAACCUUUUGAGUCCCCUGGCCAGAACUGCCUCCAUAAACAGAUGACAAAGGUAAAGAUAAAGGGACCCCUGACCAUUAGGUCCAGUCAUGACCAACUCUGGGGUUGCCGCGCUCAUCUCGCUUUAUUGGCCGAGGGAGCUGGCAUACAGCUUCCAGGUCAUGUGGCCAGCAUGACUAAGCCGCUUCUGGCGAACCAGAGCAGCACACGGAAACGCCGUUUACCUUCCCGCCAGAGCAGUACCUAUUUAUCUACUUGCACUUUGAAGUGCUUUUGAACUGCUAGGUUGGGAGGAGCUGGGACCGAGCAACAGAAGCUCACCCCGUCACGGGGAUUCGAACCGCCGACCUUCUGAUCGGCAAGUCCUAGGCUCUGUGGUUUAACCCACAGCGCCACCCGCGUCCCUUGUAAACAGAUGACAAGCAUUCAAUAAAAACUAAUAAAAAAAUUCCUUUACAGUAGGGAAAAAAUGGGUAUAAAAUAUUUAAAGAGGAACAAUAUGUACAGCUGUUUACAUACCCAUGCUAAAAACCUGAAAGCCAAGUUGAUUAGAGGACCUGGUACAAGAAGAAUAUAUGGCUCUAGGAGGUGCAUCCCAAACCUUGUAGAACAGUGCAAAUCAGUAGGAUAAUUUUAUCGUCAUAUGCCUUUGCUUUUGUUGGAGAGAGAUUCCAAUAUUUGGGAACAGAUGCUGAUCUGAGAAAAUUCCAGGCAAAAUGAGAAAGGGAGAAGGAGUGGGGAGAGAAAAAAGAAAUAUAGAAUUAGGCACAUGUUAUUAGCUACUUCACUAAAACUUUUAUGAGAAUCUUGAGGUGCUGUAAGAAAUAGAGGUAACAGGAAAAAUAGAGAAUGAUUUUAUCUACUCUGUAAGUCUCUUGCAGUGCACUAGGGUAAUCAUAAACAAGUGGCUAGAAGAUGGCAGCCUCAAAUGCUAAAAUGGCUCUUGGGCAGUAUUUUUCUCUUUCUUUUUGUAAAAGCAUCUCUGAGACAUCCAGGUGAUAAAUCUGUGUGCCUCCAGACUCCAGCUGCUAAUGACCUAAAUUGAGUUUCCACUCUGGAGGCACUUUAUAUUUAUUACAAUUCAUCGUUGCUCAGACAUCAAGAGAAGUCACUCCUGGAUUAUUUUCACCUUUCUAAAAUAUGCUGCACUUACAGAAGGUGGGGCAGGAUGGAGGAUCAAACACCCUAAGACUGGGAGCAAAGAAUGCAAAUGGGACUAAGUGGGCAAGGAAAUCUACCUCCACUUCAAAGUGGAGAUUAAGGACUUCAGGGAACCGUUGUGUACAACAGAGAAGCCUGCACCAGAGACUCACUGUGCAUGCAAUUGGCAGGCUCUCUGUUUCCUCUGCGAAGGGCUGAAGCUUGGUGGAAGAACGUGUAUCAAAGGCUGGAUUGGUGGAUUGUGCUUUCUACAAAGAGGUUGUGAUCCCUUCAGAACCAAUAUAUGCCAGCAGACAAGAUGAUGCAAGAUGUCCUCCUAAAGUGUACAAUUGCAUGCAAGGACAUGUCCCCCUCUAUAGGUUACCCUACUUUGUGGAAGGUAUGAGUUUUCCUGCCUGUGAGGAUGGCCGUGUCCCUGCCCAUCCUUUCCUGCCCUUCUUUCAUUGCAGGACUAAGAAAGGAAGCACAAGAUACGUGGGAGAAGAUGCAGAAGUUUCUGUCUCUUGCUGAUGUGUGUUUCCUUUCCUCUCGUUGCUUGCAGGGAGAAGUAGGGCAGUCAAAACUCAACGCCUUUCCAUCCUUGGAGGCGGCCAAGAAGGAUUUUGAGAAGAAAUUUCGGGAUAAGACCAAGAACAGCUGGGGUGACCGGGAGAACUUUGUGGCUCACGAUGGCAAGUACACCUUGAUUGAGGUGCAACAUGCAGAUGAUGAAGAGGAGCAGGAGGUGACUGUGAAGGUACUGAGCCAAGGAAUACACUGGGAGCAGACUGGCACACUGGGGAGAGGCAUAAGUCAGUGCAAAACAGCAGAAACAAACAAAGCCUAAUUGCAAACAGUCUAGACUAAUACAUUUAAAAUUAGGUUAGUUGAUUUGCUGGCAGUGCAAUCCGACUUGCAAGAGAGUCCUAUUGAAUUGAAUGCAACUUCUCUGUAAGCAUACCUAAGAUUGCACGGUAAAUCAGCAUGGUAAAAUAAGUAAUAGAUUAAUCAAACUAAAAAAUAGUGGUCCAGUGCUUCUUUAUCAGUCGUCCCAAUACUUUGACACACAGUAUCCAGAACACGCUAAGCCCAGGAGUGGGUUUACUUCUUAUUCAUUACUGUCCAUAUGGUUUUUUGGUUCUUUCAGAACAUAUGGUGCUGUGGACUUUUUGAAACGAAAGCACAAAGUUCAGGGAAGAGACCUGGGAUGUGUCUGGGAGAAUCUGGUCCCUGUCCUUGCAUACCCAUACACACACCAUAGCUUUGGCCCAAGGACCAAUGGGAGGCAUCAUUUGGAGAGCCAGAUGGUUGAUCCCUGGGCAUUAUAGCACCAGGCACCUCCUGUGGGCCGACCAGCGACUGAAGGAGUUCAGCAUAGCAUUAAGCAUCUCUGCUUGCCUGAUUGAAUUAUCUUCCCUUUCCUCUCUCUCACCCACUGUUCCAGGGGUUCCCCUGAUGCCCAUCAGACCCAGGGGUGCCGGGGGAGGGAAGGAGGUGGAAAGCCCCAUUGCACUAGCAAAAGUACUUGGGUGGGCUUCAACUGGCGGGACUACUAAGCUGAAUCUGGCGCUGAGAGUGCCAGAUGAGUUCUGCUGGUGUGCCUGCACAGCCCAACCAAGCCGCCAUUCUGUCUGUGCCCCACACCAUUAGUAAGAGGCAACAGUGCUGUCAGUAGCCGGGCAGAGCGCUAUCACCUGGUUAAGGCUCCUGGUUGAGGCUGUGUGCGAUCUUCGAUCACCAAUCCAAUCCUCACAAAGUUAUCCUAGCAGCCUAAUCACAGUCUAUCUCCCAGUUAUCAGUGAUUUAGAGGACUCCUGCAGGUUUUCAAGGUCUGUGUGAGUUAGAGAACAUGGAUAAUCUCUUGCAGUGAGUGAACUGCGUCAGGGUUGGUGAAGUUAAUGGAAGUCAGUUAGCAUUUCCAUGUGCAGGUCCAUUUGCUCAAGGGUGUUUGCUUAAGUCCUGUUAUUUUGAAAGGUGUUCACUGCCAGGUAAAAGCUUGUGUGUCCUACUGUGAAUCUAAGGGUGAAGUUCAGCCCCACUAGAAGAAGCUGAAUUGUGUGUAUAUCCAGACCCAGGUUGGUUCUUUGCUGUUUCCAAGGUGGACAGUGUAGAUGGAGUGAAGCUAUCCAAGCAAAGGAUACGGCCCUGCACCUUGGACAAGGCUACUCAGGAGCUGGUCUCGCUCAACUUCAGCAAUGACACGUUUGAGGAUGCCAUGCAGACCAUGAAUUUAGGUAAAGGGUCAAGGGAUCUUUUGGUGGUGGGUUGGGUUGUUGUUGUUUGCUUUGCAGCAGGUGGGAGAAGCACCCAAUGGCUUCAAGUUACAAGAAAGGAGAGUCCGACUAAACAUUAAAAAAAAACUUUCUGACUGUAAGAACUGUUUGGCAGCGGAACAGACUCCCAUGAGAGGCGGUGGACUCUCCUUCCUUGGAGGUUUCUAAGCAGAGGUUGGAUGGCCACCUGUCAUGGCUGCUUUAGCUGAGAUUCCUGCAUUGCAGGGUCUAGAUGACCCUGGAGUCUCUCCGAACUCUAUGAUAUAUCCAUCUUGCCUGCUCUUGGCAUCAAACAUACAUUAUCUGUUUAUUGUGGUUUGCUAUCCAUUUGGCUAAUAGAGAAAGCUGGUAUAUAUAGUUGUAACAACAUCAAGCUAAACCAAUUAGUGAGAGAAAACUCGGUUAUGGGGAGGAGGGAGAUGGAGAGAAGUUCAGGUCACCUGUACUGUUGAGAUUUGAUUCUUUGGUCCUUGGUCACAAAUGAAGACCAACCUGGGAAGAGCAGAAAGUGGUUCGGUUAUAGAGUGAAAAGGGGCAUGAAUUGAACUAAGUACUGUAGUGGCGUUCUGAUCCGGGUGGUUUCAGCUACUGAUUUGUAGGAUUCUUGGAAGUCCACAGAGUUGUUACACUGAUCUCUGCCAAACUUCCUCAUGUCACCCUUUUUAAUCCCCUUUCCCAGAUGUGAAGAAGAUGCCCCUGGGGAAACUGAGCAAGCAGCAAAUUGCCAAAGGCCUUGAAGCUCUGGAGGCCAUUGAGACAGCACUGCAGAAGCAGCCGCCUUCACAGGAGCAGCUGGAGGAGCUCUCCUCUCGCUUCUACACCAUCAUCCCCCACAACUUUGGCCGGGCUCGGCCUCCACCCAUCAGCACUCAGGAGGUUGUCCAAGCCAAGAAGGACAUGCUGCUGGUAAGGAGCUCCGAGUACUGGGCCAAUCCCCCCGCCAUUAGAGCAAGAGACAUCUCUGCGCUGUGGAAGGCUCCGUCAAGAGUCCUGCAUGCUCAGACUGAGACCAAGGUCUUGCCUACGCAGCAAUGAAGUAUCCUCGCUGCCACAAAAAUUCUGUACUGCUACGCUUCCUUACCUGCUCUGACAGCCACAGGUUCUGUCUGGGGCCCAAAGCUGCCCAAUGACCCUGUCAAAUGAGAAAAAUGGUGUGUGGGUAAUUGGCCAGAAAUGUGUUUUAAAUGUUUGAGAGAGAGCUCCAGUGGCCAUAGGUUCUGCUCACUUGGUCCCAUGCUGUGUCUAUUGCACAGUCUUUUUCCACUUGUGCUAAAAGAUAGCAGACUAAAUAUUUUAAUAUUAAACAUAAUAAUGGAAGCCUUUAUAGCAGUUCAAUUUGCAGUGUUUAGUAAAGGUAAAAAGGUAAAGAACCCCUGUUGCUCUGUCCCAGCUACUGCAGUGUUUAGUACUAUAGGAAUGAGAGCUGAGACCACAACAAAAAGAAAGGAACAUAGGAAUCUGCCUUAUACUGAGUCAGACCAUGAAUCCAUCUAGCAGCUGAGUACUGCUGACCCUGAAUAACUGCAGCUCCCCGGGGUUUCAGAUGGGAACAUUCCCAACCCUACCCGGAGAUCGAACCAGGGACCUUCUGCAUGGAAAGCAGAUGUUCUACCAUUAAGCCAUAGCCUUACCUGAAAACAAUGGAAACACAGAAGCUGCCUUAUGCCAAGUCAGACCUUUUGUCCAUGUAGCUCCAUGUUGUCUACACUGAUUGGCAGCAGCUCCCUGUGAUGGACCAUCUGCAUGCAGCUGUUCUGCCAACAAGCUGCAGCCUUUCAAAACUGAAGGGUAUAAUCUUGAGAACUCACAAAACAAAAAGGCCAAUAACUCUGGUCCAGUUAUGAUUUUGCACUAUAAGCCCUCAGUACUCAAAAUGGCUGCUUAGUGGGUGCAGCCUUCAGGGUUAAUAAUCGCUUCCACUCUUGAGUUCAAGAGUCUCUCUUUCCUCAUUUCAUUUCAUUCGUUACAUUUCUGUGUGGCAUUUCACUCACACAAUUGACAAAGCAGCUCACAAACAAUAAACAGCAAUAACAUAAUAGAACAUCGCAAUUAAAACAUAAAUCAUAUAAAAUAACAAAUCCUCAGUAAAGCAAUUAGAAAUCUUCUGUAAAACAACCACCUUUUAUAAAACACUAACAAAGCAACUCAAACAUAGCCAAGCAGCACAACCACAAGUCAUAUUAUAAGAUUCACAAAGCACUACAGCAUUCAUAAUCUACAAAACAAUAUUAACAUUAGCAAACUAACAACCAAAAACAAAGAAACACUAUUGAAUUCAUUCUCUCUCUCUCUCUCUCUCUCUCUCUCACACACACACACACACACACACCACCCCCAAUAGCAAUAUUGAAAACAUAUGAAAAACCUUAACCUUCCCCCCUUUUGAUUUCAAGCUAGAGCACCAAUGAGAUUUCCCUAGCUGAAAUGGGCUACCAAUAGCACAGUCCUAGAUAUGUUUACUUGGAAGUGAGGCUCACAUAGGAUGGCAGUGUAAGCGUCAAAUGGUUCCUCCCACCACCAGUGUUUGUGAAGAUUGGUUCCCUUUCCUGAUAGGUACUGGCAGAUACUGAACGUGACCAGAGUAUGCAGGCCCAGAAGAGGAAGGAAGAGGAAGAAAAGGAGGAAAUGAAGGUGGAAGAGGUCCCACACCCAGUGGACAAGGACUAUGGGCUCUUAAAGUGCGAACUCACCCUGGUAGACCCAUCAUCAGAGGAUUAUAAGGUAGGGUGACCCUACAGGAAGCUUCCCAGUCUGGUUGCUGUGGUACUGUAGGGUACUAUGCAUGCCCCUGUGUUGGAAGCGCAGGACCUCUGAAAAGUGGGGGCAACAUGCAGGGGGGAAAUGUUGAUUCUCUGCACUUUCCAUUUUCCUCUGUCUGCCUCAGUGCUUUAAUGAUCACUUUCUUCCUCUGCUUCUAUCCUGCUCCCUGCAAUUAGCUGAUUGUAAACUACGUAGAGAAUAAAGGGAAGUUCUCUUUCUGCAGUUCUCUUUCUGCACAUAACUGUGGCAUUAUGGGAAGUCUUGCUAUGAGAACUAUGGCUUCUUUUCUCUUGCAUUCUGGGAAGUCUCGCUCAUAAUCUUUUCUCUGCUUCUGCACACACUGUACAAACCUGUUCUAAACACACCAAGACAUUCUCUCAUUCCUCAGUUCAUUUCAAGUUCAUGAACAAACAAUAUGAUCUGUUCUUAAUGCAUUGCUGACCACAUCUACGGAACGUGAUUGUUGUAUUCUUUCAUGUUAUGUUCUUUCAAGUCAUACUAUAUUAAUCUUUAGUUAUAAUUUAAUUAGGAGGUUUCAUGCCUGUCUAGUUCCAGCUCCGUUUCCCAGCCUUUAAUCUAUCAGUGAUAAAUGGUUAUAUGUAAUUCCCGCCUUGUACCUAUGUUAACCAAUCAGCAACAAGUUGCUUUGUGUUUGUAUCAACCAAUCAGCCACAAGCACACCUGUGGCAAUGUUUGUAAUAUUCAAUAAAAAAGAGUUCCCGGGGCUCGCCCCUGCAGAUACCUAUCAUAUGACACCUGCCACUCGUCUGUCGUGGAUUCAUUCCAACAUCUGGUGACCCCGACUGCCAGAUCCCUUACGCAGCCAGCCCUCAUACUUCACUCGACUGGAAAAGUCUCAGCGCGCUACUUCGUGAGUAUGGGAGGGGAAUUGACUAAAUUCCAAAAAGAGCAUGCUAAAUAUGCUUUAAGAUAGGAG